AUGGGAACCGCGGGUGAUUCUCAACAAGCGACAACCGCCUCAGUGUACAGCAUAGACGCGGAGAACCAGACCAACAACGCCCAGAGAGAUGAUGUUGUAAAGCCUGCCAGGUCAUGGAAAAGUUAUGUAUGGGACACAUGGGAGCUUCCACCAGACCAACGUUGGAUGCUUUUUAAAGUUGAUGCUUACGUCCUCACGUUCGCAUCUCUUGGUUAUUUUUUGAAGAAUAUCGACCAGUCAAAUGUCAACAACGCCUUUCUCAGUGGCAUGGAAGAGGAUCUAGAGAUGUUUGGCAAUCAACUAGUGACCAGCACGUCUAUCUGGACUGUGGGAUACGUUAUUGGCCAAAUUCCUUCCAACUUGUUGUUAACCAGAAUCUCCCCCCGAUGGGUCAUCCCCACGCUGGAGGUAGGAUGGGGACUCGCGACUAUAUGUACAUCAAGCGUGAAAUCGUAUCAAGCUCUGUAUGCUUUGCGCUUCCUUGUCGGUUUCUUUGAAUCAGGAUUUUACCCCGGCAUCCAUUACUUACUGGGAUCAUGGUACACACCACAAGAGAUUGGAAAGCGGGCAAUGAUCUUCUGGCUCGCUGGUUCAGUUGGCACUUUGUUUAGCGGUUUCCUCCAGGCCGCUGCAUAUACAAACUUGAACGGGAUACAUGGUUACGCUGGAUGGCGCUGGCUUUUUAUUAUUGAUGGCAUCAUUACGCUACCUCUUGCGCUCGCUGGAUAUGUAUUCUUCCCGAACCUCCCACAGAGUGGCAAGAAGACAUGGUGGACGACAGAAAAGGAGCAUCAGAUGUCAAUUAAGAGAAUGCAAAACAUUGGACGUGCUGGGAAGCAGCCUUGGACUAAGGCAAAGGUGAAAGGGAUUCUGCUGAGCUGGCAUACAUAUCUUCUUCCAUUGCUAUACAUCCUUUGGAACAAUGGCUUGCCUCAGCCUGCCAUGGGCUAUUGGCUGAAGAGCUUUAAUGCAGACCCUGCUCCUGUCCCCGGGAAGACUUACACUGUCGCACAAAUCAAUAAUUUACCACUCCCUACGACCGGUGUACUCAUCGCGAUGUCAUUGGUUUGGGCUUGGCUGUCUGAUGGGCCAUGUCGUGGCGCUCGCUGGCCAUUUAUUUACGCCGGUGCCAUUUCUGCUCUCAUCUUCGCCUCCCUGAUGAUGAAGAUGCCCUUUUACACAAAUAUCAACGGUCGUAUGGUUAUUUAUUGGCUGAGCAGUAUUGGUGGUGGUGCUGGUCCCUUAAUUUUGAGUUGGAUCAACGAAAUCUGCUCUGAUGAUACAGAAAAGCGAGCGCUGCUUGUUGCGAUGGCUAAUGACCUUGCCUAUGUUGUACAAGCCGUCGCUCCCAAUUUUGUGUGGAAAACCACAGCAUUCCCUCAAGCUCCCAAAGGAUAUACUUGGUCGAUAGUACUUCAAGUAUUGCUCAUCUUGGGCACCGCGACUGUUCAAUUCCUUUUGUGGCGCGAUAAGAAACAGGCAGCAAAGGCAAAGGCGGGUCUCUCGGCUAUUGACCCCCUCGAGUCAUUGUCUAUAGAGGUAGAUAGCUCGGUUGCAUCCAGAGAGGACGACGGCAAAGUGGCUAGCACUUCUCGGGUCAAGCAAGUUGGCCUGGAUUAA